AUGGUUUACACAAUCGUCGUCCACAUGCGCGCAAAGUCCGACCAGGAGUCCAUCUCCAAGCUCCACGCCAAGCUUCUCGAGGCCUCCGCCGUCUACUCCCAGGACAAGGAGACUCUAUCCUGGUUCGUGAUGCAGUCUGUCCACGACCCGCAGGACUUUACCAUCGUCGAGCGAUACCUCCAGGAGUCUUCGCAGCAGUACCAUCUGAACAACCCCUACUGGAAGACUUUCGACCCUUAUGUUAUUCCCCUCCUGGAGAAGGAUAUGGAUCUGCGUCGGUUUGAGGAGCUGGUUCCUUCUUCCAAAUAG